UCUCUCUCUCUCUCUCUCUCUGCGCUGUGUUUGUUCUCGAGAGCGCGUCGCGAGGAUAUGGAAGAUGGCGAGCGCAGAGACAGCGGCGGAGCACGAGCGAAUCCUGCGUGAGAUUGAGAGCACAGACACUAACUGCAUCGGGCCAACACUCCGGUCUGUUUAUGAUGGACAGGAACAUGGACUCUUCAUGGAUAAAUUGGAAGGGCGGAUCCGCAACCACGACCGCGAAAUUGAGAAGAUGUGCAACCAUCACUUCCAGGGCUUUGUGGACUCCAUUACUGAGCUGCUCAAAGUGCGCGGAGAAGCCCAGAAACUCAAGUGUCAGGUGACCGAGACCAAUCAGAAGCUCCAAAAUGACGGCAAGGAGCUCCUGACAUCGAUGGAUGAGCUGAGACAGUGCCGUCUGCAGCAGAGGAAUAUCGCCACCACCAUCGACAAACUCACACACUGCUUACCAGUGUUGGAGAUGUACAGCAAACUGCAGGAGCAGAUGAGGGCCAAAAGAUACUACCCAGCACUACGAACCCUGGAACAGUUGGAGGAGAGUUGUUUGCCUCAAGCUGGAUCAUAUCGCUUCUGCGGCAUCAUGUCAGAGAAUAUCCCACGCCUGCGUACGCACAUCAGAGACGUCUCCAUGUCUGACCUCAAAGACUUCCUGGAGAGCAUCCGCAAGCAUUCGGAUAAGAUCGGAGAGACUGCCAUGAAACAGGCACAGGUGCAGAUCGCUCGUGAUAAUGCCGUGACAUCACAGCAGCGAUCAGCAAGUGGACGGAGGAUACGAAAGGAAGCAUGCUCUGGCACAGAGGUGGACAGAACUGGAAGCAACCCCUUUUCAGAAAAGGAUUCUGGGAUACUGGAUGUGGAGGAUGAAGAGAAAGAUGAGAUUCCUGGUGCACAGGACCUGGUGGACUUCUCUCCUGUGUAUCGCUGUUUACACAUCUACACUGUAUUGGGCGCCCGGGACACGUUUGAGAACUACUACAGGAAGCAGCGGCGGAAACAGGCCCGACUAGUGCUGCAGCCUCACUCUAACAUGCAUGAAACAUUAGAGGGGUACAGGCGCUACUUCAAUCAAAUUGUCGGUUUUUUUGUAGUGGAGGACCACAUCUUGCACACCACACAGGGCCUGGUAAACAGGGCUUAUGUGGAGGAAUUGUGGGAGCUGGCCCUUUCAAAGACCAUUGCAGCCUUGCGUACACAUUCAUCUUAUUGCACUGAUCCAGACCUGAUAUUAGAUCUGAAGAAUCUUAUUGUGCUAUUUGCAGAUACACUCCAGGGUUAUGGUUUUCCAGUAAACCAGUUGUUUGAUAUGUUGCUGGAGAUGAGGGAUCAAUAUGGAGAGAUCCUGCUGAAAAAGUGGAAUCAGUCCUUCAGGCAAAUUUUGGAUCAGGACAACUACAGCCCCAUUCCCGUGGCGUCCCCUGAAGAGUACCAGCGAAUAGCAGGCCAAUUCCCCUUCCAGGAUCCAGAGCUCGACAAGAUGCCUUUUCCGAAGAAGCUGCCAUUUUCUGAAUUUGUGCCUAAAGUCUACUCGCAACUCAAAGAAUUCAUCUAUGCCUGCCUGAAAUAUUCUGAGGACUUGCACCUUAGCUCCACAGAAAUUGAUGACAUGAUCCGCAAGUCUACAAACCUCCUGCUCACACGAACCCUUAGCCACUGUCUACAGUAUGCCAUAAAGAAGAAAAACGUAGGACUGGCAGAGUUGGUUCAGAUCAUCAUCAACACCACUCACCUGGAGCAGUCCUGUCACUACCUAGAAGAGUUCAUCUCCAACAUAACCAACGUGCCUCCUGACACCAUUAAUGCCACCAAACUCUAUGGAACCUCCACCUUCAAGGAUGCAAGGCAUGCUGCUGAAGAGGAGAUCUACACUAACCUGAAUCAGAAGAUUGACCAGUUUCUGCAGCUGGCUGAUUAUGAUUGGACAGCAGCACAGGGAGGUGCGCAGGCCAGUGACUACCUGAGUGAUCUCAUCGCUUUUCUCUGUAGCACCUUUGCAGUGUUCACUCACUUGCCCGGCAAUGCUAUAGAGCACGCCACGUUACCGGGGAAAGUGGCUCAGACGGCAUGUAUGUCAGCCUGUAAACACCUUUCAACCUCUCUGCUGCAGCUGCUGUUGGAGGGUGAUGUCAGGCAAGUGUCUAUGGGAGCCCUGCAGCAGUUCAACGUGGAUGUCAAAGAGUGCGAGAGGUUUGCCAGGGCCGGCCCGGUGCCUGGCUUCCAGGGGGACACUCUGCUGCUCGCCUUCAUCGACUUGAGACAAUUACUGGAUCUCUUCACUCAGUGGGACUGGUCCACGUAUCUGGCUGACUACGGUCGACCCACCUGCAAGUACCUACGAGUCAAUCCUCAAACAGCUCUGACCCUCCUAGAGAAGAUUUCUCUGUCGAUGAAGGACACCAGCCGCAAGAACAACAUGUUUGCUCAGUUCCGUAAAAACGAACGGGACAAGCAGAAGCUCAUAGACACCGUUGUCAAACAGCUGAGAAAUCUCAUCGCCACCAACCAGGCCUGAGAAAGCCAUCGCAUCAGCACGCAGCCCCUCGUCCUGAUGAGUUGCCACCAGACUGCGUGGACUGUGCUUGCACACCUCCAUUAGUUGGACGUAUUGUUCUAUUCCCACUCAGACACUUGCACUGACAUGCACAUAUAAACGCACCUCUCUGAAAGGUGCACCUGCUAAACCAUCCCGUGCCUGUGUGAUGUGGUAUCCAUGUCUUCCUAUGUGACUACCUGAACACAUCACAUUUUGCUCUUUAAGACAGGUUUUGGUUGCCUUUUAUUGUCUUGUAUUGAGCAUCUUACAAAAGGACUGUUCUCCUGUCACACAAUUUACAUUUAUCUCAUAGUAUUAUCUCAUUUUUGAAUUUGACAACUACAGUUAUACUGUAUUGUGGAUAUUACUUCAGUUGCUGCAAAGGUAAAGGAAAACUUGGAACACUAACUAGACUUGAAUAUUGGUGUCAUAAUUUCUAACAGAUCAAAUUUAAAGAGAUAGUUCCCCUAAAAUUGAUCAUUUACUCACCCUCCCUUCAUUCCAAUCCUUUCUAUCCACUGUGAAACACAAAAGGUGAUAUUAUUGUAAGUGUAAUUAUUGUAUCAAAAAUAUUCAUAGGUUUGGAGCAUAUGUUGCUAAACGAUGACAGAAUUAUAAUUUUUGAUUAACUAUCCCUUUAAUAUGUGUUAGAAUAUAAAUGAAUAUUCGCACAGAUGGGUCAAAGGUUCAGUUGAGUGCUGAUUAUAAUGAGGGAAGUUCUCAAUACAGGGAAUCUAGUUACUGCCCUUGUUAAAUCUUUCAUGUGUAGUAAUUGUAUACUAGACAUACUUGAGCUUUAGUCUGUUACAGCCAAGACAUAGAUUAUAGCUUAAUACAGUACCUUAAAGAACAACAGCUCUGUGGCAGUUUUAGAGAUGAUUAGUUUACUAUCAUCUUGAAAAUGACCAGGUUAAGAUUAAGGUUUGGUGUUUUUUGACUAGACUUCAGAUAUGCAGAAUAGAGGCUUUUGUCUCUUGUAUUCAAUGCCAAAACUGACUGAAGAUGUGUAAGGUAGGGGAACAAACUACAGCAGGCUAAUGUCAGCACAUUUAUACAGUCAUGUGAGUUUAUUUACACCGCUGUACAUUAAAACCUAAUAGAAAUUGCUUUUAGUAUUUAAAAAGUUUCGUCUUCCCAUAACUUUGAUAUUUUCUCUAAUAGGAAUGAGGGUGCAAUAUUGUUUUUCUUUUCAAAUUGACCUUAGAGUUUUAGGUGGCAGAGAUUGUUGUGUUUAAAAGUAGUUUGCUUUUUUUUCUUUUUCAUUUCCAAUUUUACUGACACAAAAGAUGUGUUUGAAGCCUGUCCCUUACAAUGGAUGCAAAACCAUUAAAUGAUAAAGGGAAUUCUUCAUUUUUAGGGACAGAACGAGUGCCAUGUCAAAUUAUUUUGAGCUGUCUUCUGGAUUCAGCCUUGAAUUUUCUUCCAUGCCUAUAAUUGAUUGUGUGUGUGUUUUUUUUCCCCGCACAGCACCUGGUCUUAGACGUAUGACCAGGGAAUGGACAUGUGCUGGUGGGUGAACGCGAGCGUGCAUGAGAACAUUCAGCCUUAGCAGACAGCUCUGAUUGUAGAGAACAGUACUGACUCCAGAGAGAUGCACUGUACAGAUUGUUAUAUUAAAUCACUGAUGAAUAUUAAAAUACUAAUAAAUUCAGCAAAUGCCAACAAAUAA